ACUUCUCUUUAUCAUUAAUUCACAGAUCUCAACUUCACCUUUUUUUCUUCUUCUUCUUCUUCUUCUAAUCUGGACUACUGCAGCCAAACGUGUCUGUUCGCACUUCUUUGUUGGAUCGUUUGAGGCACAAUAAAUCCGAGAUUCGGUCAACCCCGCAAACUCGCUUGUCGCUACUCGUACAAGUGCAGCCAACCAGCCAACUUAAUUUGCCCUUGAGGGAAUCCCCCAGCCGAGCCUCCCCCCAGCGCAGCGCCAGUCCCAGCAACGCCAGUGCCAGUGCCAGUCAUAGGCCGUGGCCAUAUCUACCAUCCAAGCCCUUGACCUGUCCGGCCUACCUUUUCCUCUGCCCUUCCCUUGACGUCGACACCCAUCCCAACUGCUGUUCCACUUCACAUCCAUCAUCGCAAGUUCGCGUCGCAUACACAGUACCAACUAGAACUACACGAAAACCCCUUUAAAUCGCCUUGCGCAGGCGCGGUUAGCCAUUACCAUGGCCUCCGGAUCACCACCAAAGCCCUGGGAGACCAGUGGAGGCCAAACCAGUGCCUCGGUUGGCCUCACUGGUUCAUCUAGCGCUGCUGCGGUACCCACAGCAUCGGGAGCGGCACCGCCUCCGUUACCUGAACUGCCAAACGCCCUCAACUCCGUGGCAAACCGCAAUGCCACCAACUACUCCACAAUGAACGCAAAUCGAUACGGUUCGCCCUACAGCAGUGGCUAUGGAGGCUACAACUCAUAUUCAUCCCCCUACUCGCGGUUAGGUGGCGGCGCCUACGGAUCGAUGUACGGCGGAGGUUUGGGCGGCAUGUACGGAGGCAUGGGAGGUAUGGGAGGCAUGGGGAUGGGGAUGGGAAUGGGUGGCAUGUACGGGGGAAUGGGCAUGCCCGGCGAUCCCAACAACCAAAGCCUUACACAGUCCUUCGGCCAGAGCACACAGGCGACCUUCCAGCUGAUUGAAGGCAUCGUUGGCGCAUUUGGUGGAUUCGCGCAGAUGCUAGAGAGCACAUACAUGGCGACACACUCGUCCUUCUUUGCGAUGGUAUCUGUGGCCGAGCAGUUCGGAAACCUACGACAGACUCUCGGUUCAGUCCUCGGCAUCUUCACAAUUAUGCGAUGGAUACGGACCGCCAUUGCAAAACUCACAGGACGACCCCUACCCGCGUCUUCGGGUGAGCUCACACCAGCAAACUUCGCGGCUUUCUCCGGGCGCAACCCGGACGGCAGCCCCAACCCAAGACCGUCGCGAAAGCCAUUCAUCAUGUUCAUGUUGGCUGUCUUCGGUCUCCCCUACUUGAUGGGCAAACUCAUCAAGGCCCUCGCAAGGACACACGAGGAGGAAGAGAAGAAGAGGAUGUUGGAGAACCCACAGGCAUACGGCGAACAGCUCGACCCGAACAAGCUCGAGUUUUGCCGAUUGCUAUACGAUUUCACCCCUGAUACAAACAUGAACUCUGUACAGGGUCUUGACCUUGCAGUCAAGAAGGGCGACAUGGUUGCUGUUCUCAGCAAGACAGACCCAAUGGGCAACGCAUCAGAGUGGUGGCGAUGCCGCGCACGAGAUGGCAGGAUGGGCUAUCUCCCAGGUGUCUAUCUGGAAGUAAUCCAGCGACGACAACCUGCCGCUAUCACUAGCGGCAGCCAGGCCGGCAGCCCUGCCGGCAGCAGAACCCAAACCAUGACAAACACCAGUUUGGCCAACAGCCAAGCGGCAACACUUGUAAACGCAAAGCAGCCCGAGAAGGCCCCCGAGGUGAAGGGCAAGGCGGGUGACAUGGGAGUCGAGAGCUUUCAGAAGGGCGCGUUCUACUCAUGAGUUUUCAUAACCAUCUUUACAUCAUCCACGGCGUACCUUUUUCUUUCUUGUGAUAUACUUGGGGGCUUUUCAUUCACUGUCAUCAUUUUCGAUGGGCUAUUUUCUAUGUAGGAUUCUGGACAAAAGCUUCGCUAUGGCGUGCGCAUUUGCGACGGGUGCUCGGC